UAUCAGCAGGUAAUGAGAGGAGGGGGACGUUCGGUCGGUCGGAACGAAUUUACGACGAAACGACCAAAUUAAACCGGAUGCUGGACAAAAAUCAUUAGCAAGUAUACUGGGAAGACUUGGGCAUAGAGCUUUCUACAAGGAAAAACGACCGACUCGACCUUGGCCCCUCCUCUUUCGCUAUAUAGGAAGCUGAUCUCUAUAAUCUAGCCCUACUGUAUAUAGUCUCUUCUUAUUGUCCAAACAGCAAAAGACGCAUAUUUUUAUUUUUAUUAAAUAAAUGGGGGAUUACGGGUUUGGCUUACAGACAGUAAGUAUAAACAACAACAGCACUACACUCUUUGGCGGAGGCGCUUUUCGAUCCUACUCGACCCCCUCUCCGGUUUCCACCGGCCAGCUCUCUCCCAACUCGAAUCCGGUCUCUGGCAGCACCGUCCCCGGCGUGUCCUCUCUAUUCCUGUCAGCUGCUGCACAUCAGCAAAACAUGCAGGAUGAGCCUGUGGGGGUGACAACCACGCAGCAACCCCCGUUAACAGAGCAAUCCAACGGCAACGACAGCAACAAAAACGGGCAUCUGCAACAACCCAAUAGCAGCAGCAACAACAACCACAGCAACCAACUGGGAUUUAACACACAGGACUACAACGCCCUGUGCAAGAAUCAACAGCAAUUCGUUGAUUUCAAAGCAACCGUAGGUCAAGAGCAGUUCUGCGCUACGCAGUCCAUCUGUGACCUUCAGCAGGGCCGGAAAAUACAUCAGCAGUUAAGUCAGCAGGCAGAGUUCGGCUGCUCAGAGCAGCCCCCACCCCAAGGAGAAUUUAGUCACCUGCCUCAGAAGCAGCCUUACACCACCGUCGGCUCGACCGAAUCCGAUCCAAACACGGACUCGAUCAGCCACGAGCAAAUUCGCAGUUUGUCGGUGGAGAAGGCAGAAGCCGAUGUCGUUGCUGCUGCCGCGUCGCCAUCGCCCACUUCCGUGAACCCAAACAAGGUAAAGAUCCAAAUGGACUCCCCCAACUCCCAUCACAUAAACAACGGCAAUGGCACCGGUACCGGCAAUAACAUACUGCCCGGUGGCAUCGGAGCUAGCUUCUCGAACCUUCAACAUCAAGAGAUUCAGACCGCGGGAGGUGGCUCUGCUUCGCCAACGCUCCCCGGUUUCGGUACCCCUUGGUCCGUUCAGACGAGCCCCCCACCGCCACCCAUAUCCAACUCAGCCAACCCCAGCCACGCAAACGCGAUGAACCAGAUACCCGGCGCAGAACCUGAAAACAAUUUCUACCCGGGGAUUCCCUCCUCCAUCAACCCGGCAUUCUUCCAGAGUUUUUCCUCGGUGUCUACUAAUCCUUGCGCCGGGAUUAACGUGCAAGGCUUCAGCAGCCCUUUCUCGCCCCAGAUCAACAUCCCCCCACAGCAGCCACAGAGCCGCCGGUCCCCGGUGAGUCCCCAGAUGCACCCGCAACAGGGAGCCUUUCUGCAGCAGAGGAACAAUUACAACCACCAUCAGCCCAUGAUGAAGCAGUCCCCGUGGGGUAGCCACCACCAGGGCAGCGGCUGGAACUCGGGAGGUAUGAGCUGGGGCCGCGACCACCGGGGCCGCAUGGGCAUGGGCAUGCCGGGCUCCAUGAGCCAGAUGUCCCCCAUGAAGAAGCCCUUCUCCAGCAACGUCAUCGCCCCACCCAAGUUCCCCCGAUCGGCCGGCUCCCUGGGGCCCAAGUCCUGGAUCGAGGAGAACGCCUUCCGCACCGACAACAACAGCAACACCCUGCUGCCGCUGCAGGAUCGCCCCAGGAUGUACGACAGCCUGAACAUGCACUCCCUGGAGAGCUCCCUGAUCGACAUCAUGCGGGCCGAGCAGGACCCCCUGAAGGGCCGAGUGGGAUGUCCUCACCCAGGGGCAGAUGGUCUUCUCAUGCUCAAUGCACGAAGCUAUGGGAGAAGACGAGGUCGCUCCUCCUUGUUUCCGAUCGACGAUGUUCUCCUUGACGACGGGCAUGGUAAUCAGGGUGUCCCGGGAGUACUGGGCUCCCCCAACUGCUACCCCCACCAGAACGGGGAGCGCAUCGAGCGCUUCUCACGCAAGGUGUUUGUGGGCGGCCUCCCUCCAGACAUUGACGAAGAUGAGAUCACCUCAAGCUUCCGCCGCUUUGGCCAUCUGGUGGUGGAUUGGCCUCACAAGGCUGAGAGCAAAUCCUACUUCCCCCCUAAAGGCUAUGCUUUUCUGCUGUUCCAAGAGGAGACCUCUGUGCAGGCUCUGAUCGAGGCCUGCCUGGAGGAGGAUGGGAAGCUCUACCUGUGUGUGUCCAGCCCCACCAUCAAGGACAAACCAGUUCAGAUUCGUCCGUGGAACCUGAGUGACAGUGACUUUGUGAUGGACGGCUCCCAGCCCCUGGACCCCCGUAAGACCAUCUUCGUGGGGGGAGUGCCCCGCCCACUGCGUGCAGUGGAGCUGGCGAUGAUUAUGGAUCGGCUGUAUGGGGGCGUCUGCUACGCUGGCAUCGACACUGACCCAGAGCUUAAGUACCCCAAGGGGGCGGGCAGAGUGGCCUUCUCCAAUCAGCAGAGCUACAUUGCCGCCAUCAGCGCCAGAUUCGUCCAGCUGCAGCAUGGGGACAUCGACAAACGGGUGGAGGUGAAGCCCUACGUCCUGGACGAUCAGCUGUGCGACGAGUGCCAGGGGGCGCGCUGCGGGGGCAAGUUUGCGCCCUUCUUCUGCGCCAACGUGACCUGCCUGCAGUACUACUGCGAGUUCUGCUGGGCCAACAUCCACUCGCGUGCCGGCCGAGAGUUCCACAAGCCCCUGGUGAAGGAAGGCGCCGACCGGCCUCGCCAGAUCCACUUCCGCUGGAACUGAGGACGGGCAGGCGGAGAGAGGCCCGAGAGUUCGAAGUGUGAGAGACAGCGGAAUGGAAGAAGAGAUGAUGGUGAUGAUGACGACAACACAGCACGAGGCAGGAAGAAGUGCAUUGUUCUGUUAUGACCCCCUCCCCCCACCCUUACCCCUACCCACAAUCCCCUGCCCAGCCCUGCCUUGCCCCCCUAAGCUAAUCAGUAUAGAGUACGUAACAGUAUACAGUAUAAGCAAAUAUGAAAUUAUAAAUAUAUAUAAAAUAUAGAGAAAUUAUAUCUAUAUGAGAAUCUAAAAUAUGUAUCUUUUGUAGCAGCCAAAACACUACAAGCCUCAGUUUUUCACCAAACCACCUGCCAUCUCAGGCUUUGAUGACUUUUUGUGGUACUUUCAUGGGUUUUUUUUUUCAAGGAGAUUAACAUAAGAUGAGAGAGAUUGAUUUUUUUUGUAGUUUUUUUUCCUUUUUCAAAUUAUUUUUAUAUGUGAGAUUUAAAAAACAAAGUAGUUACAAGAAUGUUUUGCAUGGGAGGGGGCAGCGUGUCUGUCUGUCUGUCUGUCUAUAUAUGUCUGUCUGCUGCUAGUAUCCCCCCUCCCCAGCUGGUGGGCAAACUGCGCACUUGUCUCUGGAAGAAUCUUGAUGAUUUAAUCUCUCUUAACGCCUGCCCCAGGUCCGUUAACCAAAGGUAGUAACAACAAUAGGAAGCAUUAAAAAGUUUAACGUUUCUGCCACAAACAAAAUGAAGGCAAGAACAAGAAAAAGAAACAAAAUGGUAAAAAGCAAACACUAUGACUAAAGCCUAUCUCCUAACGUUUUGACACGCUCCUUAUAUGCAUACUGAAAAAAUAGACAAUUUGGUUAUGUUUGCUCUCCAAAAGAAAAGUUAAUACCUCAAAAUAAGGAAGACGUUUUAUAGUUAGCUCUAUCUACCAUUUUAAUCACCCAAGCUAUGUAAGAAGCUUUGCUGCUAUAUAUUUGACUAGAUGCAAUGUUGUAUUCAAUGCCAUCUUAAGGAGAGGAAUUGUUAUUAAAAUGAAGUGAAAUUGCUAAUGCCGACCACACUAAACUCAGAUAUUGUGACCUCUGUUGCUCGCGAAGAAUGACAAGGAUGAGACUAGAAUGUGAAAUGUGUUUUAAGUGCAUGUUUGUCUCGAUAUGCCAUUUGCAUGCAAGUAGAGGUAACUGACAGACUGACAUAUAGCAAACCUUAUAUCUCAUAUUACAGAUAAGAAAAGAUGAACACUAUGUAGCAUGAACUAAAGAAAUUAUCAGUGAACUUGGUAUCGAGUUCAGAAGACAUUACAAAAAAAAAACGUGCAUGCAUUGAUGUGGUGAUUGGUUUACAUUAUUCAACUAUUCUACCAGAAACCUUAGUUUUAGACUAGUAUGUCUGACCAUCUCAGUGUAUUUGAUGGUUUGUGAAAAUUUUGACAAAACAAAAACACGAAAAAAAAUCUGAGUGGUGUUUGUGGUUAGUGUGCGUGGUGUCUAUGUAACGUGUGGCUGUAGUCAGUAUGCUAAGGUUUUCCUUAAGUUAUAAACCUAGAUAAGGAGGAAAAAUGAGGAUGUCGUAUUGCCUUUACCCAACUUAACAUUUACCUCCAUAUAUUCACACACGUAACAGUGUUGUAAACGGUGUAGCAUAGACUCUAGCUGAUAAAAGGCUUGUGCCCAGACUGUACUCCCAGUUAUCUAAUGUAAAAUGGGUAGGAGUUUUACAUCCACGUAUAAGCUUGCCAAUACCAGUUACCAAUACUCAUAGGCAGUUGGCUGGUCAGCUGCUUCUGUUUAAACAGAGCCUGUAAGUUCCAUAGAGAUAGUGGUGAUGUCCAUUGAUGCAAUAUGUGAGCAAGUUUAAAAUGAGCUAUAGUUCUCUUGAAUCAACGUUAAGAAGAAAAACCUAAAAAGUAGCGGUUUGGGAUAUGGAUCAAGAAUUGAAACAAGAAAUACAAAACAAAUCCCAAUCAUUAUAACAAUGUCUUUCUUCCUUCUGUUUCGUUACUAUGUACUGUAGUGAUUUAAAACAAAGAAUUAGAAUUGGCUAAAUUAUCCCCGAUAAAUAUUUCUUCUGAAAAAUCCCCCUGACGAUUGCGAUCACUCUUUGAGAUUUAAUGUAUUCUUUAGGGACAAUCUCUCCAAUAGCCGUGGAUGCCAGUUCUAACUGGCCAUCUGGUACUGUAUACUCGUGUGUCAGUCUCAUUUGAGUUUGUGCUGUUUGCUUCUGUGUUUGUUUGUUUGUGAGCACCACAGCCUGUUGCUGUCCUCCUGGUGUUUGUGACUCAAACUUUUUAAGUGUCUCUACUGUUACUACUUCGAGAUGAGAUUGUAUGGUUUAUUUAUUGAGUUGUGUGUGUGCUUUUUUAAAAAUAGAGUAUUUAUUUGUCAAUAUGAUACACAAUUUUGCAUUUUGCUCCCCCCCUUAAUCUAUAAUCUAAUCACUUUUGAUAAUAUAUAGUGCACUACAUGUUCAAAAGUUUCCUACUCUGAUUGCAGUCUGUGUUUGUUCUAGCUUUUACAGUUAUCAAUGAGCUGGCUAACCCUGACAUUUGUUUUGGAAAAUGACGAUGAAAAAGCUGUCCUUUUUAUUUACCUGUAUGUCAUCAUUUUAUAAAUGAUUUCAUUUCCCGUUGGUUGGACAUCUACCUAUUUUUUAACCAGAUGAUUUUAAUAUUCCUUAUUUUUUCAUGAUAAGUUAUUUAAUAAUAUAUUUUUUUCCAAGUGGGAUGAGGUUUUCUAUGUGAGGGUAGACUGGCAGAUCGAGAUAGGUGUGCUGAUGAAGGAAGUCGGGGGAAUGUGGCUGGUACUUCCUUUAAGAAGUUGCUUACUAUGCCUGGCCAACAGGGGUGGAUGAAAGAAUUAAGUGACCGUGACUUAAAAUGUUUAAGACAGUGUCCCGACACGCACAGAUAAAAUGGGGAAGAGGGAAUUUCAUUUCACCUGGACCCUAACAUUAUGCUACCUGGAGCGCAAGGCCUCUUGGGUAAGGGUGCAGCUGGACGACUUCCUCUGUCCUGGGCCCUUGAGGCCUAUGGCUCCGUGGCCUAAGCCUUGUAGGAACAUUCAAUAAUCCACCCCUGCUGGUCACAAAGAUCAAAAUAGAGGAGCAAUGAAUCACACAUAAUUUGAUGGGAUUUGCAAUGGCCCAGAGCUAAAUAAAGACACACACAUAUAAAUGAAGGAAUCUUUCACCGAUGACGAAUAUGUCAAGUGUCCUUGUGACCCUUAACAGAGCGAAGAUGUUGGAACCGGCUGUGCAUGGUUGAAAGAGUGACAUUAGCGAAAGCAUUGGCACUAACCACACCACUUUCCCCUGACACUGGCCUGUGUAUCCUGAGUACUGUGUUUUUGUCUUUUUUGUGUUUAACACUGUUGCUUUGUACGUUUCUCUGUGUAUGUAUCUGUAUACAUGUGGUUGUUUUGUUUUUGUAAAAAUCAUAUUUAUUUCACUAUUUUUGUAGACAAAAAACUAUUUGAUUUGGAUUGUAUUUUUCUAUUUCAAUAGGUUUAUUUUACACAUUUUUAUUUCCCCUAAUAUUUAUAGUUCUGUCCAGAUGCAGGAUUCUGUUCGAAGACAAAAAUUAAACAAAGACCAUUUUAAGAAACACCCAUGCAAUUAUGUAUAUAUUGAUAUAUUAAUAUAUUACACACGUUUAUAUAUUAAUAUAAUUAAUAUAUGAAUACAUCACACGUUUUGUUUGAAGGAAGUUGACAUUGAGGGUUCUAUUAUGUUCAUGGAUGACACUUGAGAUCCCCCCGUUGCAUCGAGACCCUUCGUCUCUCCUCACUGAUGCUCCGAAACUUGAAGAUAACACAUUUUGAAAGGCUGACUAACCUCGAAUCUGUGUUGUGACGUGCAAUACUGUUUCUAAUGUUUGUAUAAAAAAAACGUAAGAAUAACAUAAGUGUAAACCUUUUUAAAUGCAGAUUUAUUUUUUUCAUUGCAUAUUUUGCAAAUUUCUGAUUCACAGUGUCAUUUUUUACUGUCAGAAAAAUAAACCCCCUUGUUUUUCAUUGCAACUAUUUUUAAAUCCAGAUAUCUUUGUACUGAUGUAAAUGAUUGUAGUUAUUUUGGAUAGUGUUUUGCUAACAAAAGGAGAGACUUUUUCAUGCAUAUUUCUAUUUCUUUUCAUUUUUGGUUUAUUCUUUUUUUAUUUCAUUUAAAUAGACUAGUAGCAAAAUACUUGGAAUAAUUUUUCAUAUUAUGUGUCAUUAAUAUUAUUUUGUAUUUUUAUGUGGAAUAUAUAUAAAUAUAUAAUUUUAUGAUGCUAAUUGCUAAAAUAUUUUAAGUUGAAUUAUUUUUAAAGCUAAAAUCUUUGUAAUAUUGUCAAAGUUACUAGUUUCUAAAUCGGAGUUUGUGUAUAGAUUCACACAAGUGGUUUAUGAAGUGUUCGGAUUGUAAUUAUUACUGAAUGGUUCUUUGAUAUGCAAAUGAAUAUCGUGGAUUUUUAUUUUGUUUUGUUUUGUAUUUAAAUGGGGUGUUGAUUACAAUCUUUCAUUUCCUGAAUAAAGACCCAUUCUGUUCGGACACAGUUUACAUCUUGCUGUGCCUCAUUUCCUUCCGUCUGUGCAGUCAGCCUCAAAACAAAAACACAUGAUCAGAAGUGUAGUGACAGCAGGUACUCUGUGUUCCCAUACAAGUAACUGGCUGUGACUUCCAGCUUCGAAGGAAGUGUUUGUUAUUGUCUUUUAAUCAGCUAGCAACAUUUAAUGCACUGCUGUUUUACACACAUUGUGUGGGAAAUUUGGCCAUUAAAAGAUACCCUACUCACCGAUAUGCAUACUCUGCUCAUUACGCUUAAUCUCAUGCUUAUCUGUGCAUAAUAAAACAUAUAACAUGUUAAUUGGCACUAUGACUAUGUAGUGCAUUUCACCAUUAAGCAUGCCUACUUUCAAUCUGUUUCAAGCGAACAAACAUAACCAAAGGAAAAAGGUUAAU